GCAGGCGACGACGCCUCCGCCUCGGACCGACAGGUUCAAGGACGAGGACCUGCCGCCCUGGGCCGACACCGCCGGCGUGAUCCGGGAUGUCCUCGCAGGGAAGCCGUUCGACGAGGUCCUGCUCAGCAUGCGCGCGCGCGAGGGCGACGCCUUCCGCAUCUUCAUCCCCUACCUCUUCGGGGAGACAGUGGUCCUCAUGGGCCUCCGGGCCAACCAGUUCAUCUUCACGGAGCACGACAAGAACCUGGACCAGGCCCUCGGCGGGGUGGUGGGCACCGCCGUCUCCGGCAAGAAGACGAUGGGGACCAAGGAGCGCAAGGAUACCGAGGCCGGCAAAAUUUUCGAUAAGGCGUCUGUGAAUUUCUUCUCUAACAGGCAAGCCUUGGAUCGUGCGACGGCGAUAUUCGUCGAUUCGUCCGAGGACUUCUGCGAUCAGAUGGAGCGAGAAAUCAAGCCAGAUCAAAACGUGUUCGAGCUAUUAUGGAAGUACGUCGUCCAGACGAACGCCGACAUGCUCUACGGGAAUGGCGAGAACGCAGGUAAGAUCGUGUGCAGGACCAUCGAUGCUAUCAACAAGGAGGGGCUUUUUUCGCCUCAGGUGAAGAAGGCGGGUGAUGACUUAUCAACAGUUUUGAAUGACAGCUACAUGGACCGCAUCAAGAACCCUGCGACGUAUGCCGAGGAGGAUUCCAUGUUCACUGAGUUUUUUAGACUUUCGAAGGGCUCCGCUGAUAAGGAUAUGCUGCAGGGCUUCCAGCAGUUCAUGCUUACGCUGCAGCUCGCCGCAAACGGGAAUCAGCUGGUCACCAUCCGGUGGCUGAUGUCCCACGUCUAUGCGGACCAGCGCAUCCUGGACGGUGUCCGGGCGGAGGUCCGCGGCAAGUUGGCGGAGAAGGGGGAGAAGCUGGGCCUCGAGGGUCCAGCGAGCAUCCGCGACCUGCACCUCGACGACCUGCUGGACCUGAAGAUCACCAACGCGUGCAUCACCGAGGCGGUGCGCCUCCACAGCGACAUCCCGGCCAAGCUGACGCUGCGCACGGCGGAGAUCGACCUGGAGUUCGAGGGUCACCAGAUCCCGAAAGGCACGACGAUCUUCCUGUACGCGGACGCCGUGCACAAGGAUCCGAAGUACUUCCCCGAGCCAGCCUCGUUCUGCCCCUUCCGGUACACGGAGAAGGAGGAGUGCAAGCGGAAGGAGCUCGAUAGGGAGGUGGUGACGUUCGGGCACGGCCGGAAGCGGUGCACCGGCGAGCUCCACGCACGGUCGCAGAUCUCAGCCCUGCUGGCCUCGUUCGUGAUGCGCUUCGACAUGGACCUCGUCACGGGCAUGCCAGACAACUCAAUCCCCGAGGCCUCAGCUGCAAGACAUGACCAUGCUCUGGCAUGGGAGCAACCACAAGCAAACGGAUGAGGAGAAUGAGAAGGACCACGACGGCCCCUUCGUCUUCGACACGGCCAACACCUUGGUGCUUAGAAACCUGCGCCGCAGGCACGACGCCCCCGGCGAACCCUUGUCGUCGAAGUGCCCCGUGACGCGGGCGGCGAAGGCCGCGGAGG